CCUUCCCCGCGUGGUGCGGGCCAGGUGCGCCGGACGCCGCGGAGCUAACCACAGCAGCCUUGCUGGCGGCCCCCGGCCCCCCACCCCUUCCACGCAGCGCUCGCGACAAGUGCGCAGGGGGAGGGCGGACGCGGGCGGCCGGGCCAGCUGCGUCCCGAGCUCGGGCACCGCCGCCUGCUUCUCUGGAAGCGCCUGGGAGCCCCGCCGCGCGGAGUCCGAAGUCGGCCACCAUGGAGGCGCAGGCGCAAGGUUUGUUGGAGACUGAACCAUUGCAAGGACGAGAUGAAGACACAGUAGCCAGUGCCGACUUCUCUAGCAUGCUGUCUGAGGAGGAAAGAGAAGAGUUAAAAGCAGAAUUAGUUCAGCUAGAAGACGAAAUCACAACAUUACGGCAAGUUUUAUCCGCGAAAGAAAGGCAUCUGGUUGAGAUAAAACAGAAACUCGGCAUGAACCUGAUGAAUGAAUUAAAACAGAAUUUCAGCAGAAGCUGGUACGACGUGCAGACCACAACUGCCUACAAGAAAACACACGAAACCCUGAGUCACGCAGGGCAGAAGGCAACUGCAGCGUUCAGCAACGUUGGGACGGCCAUCAGCAAGAAGUUUGGAGACAUGAGCUACUCCAUUCGCCAUUCCAUAAGUAUGCCUGCUAUGAGGAAUUCUCCUACUUUCAAAUCAUUUGAGGAGAGGGUUGAGACAACUGUCACAAGCCUUAAGACGAAAGUAGGCGGGGCGAACCACGGCGGAGGCAGCUUCGAAGAGGUGCUCAGCUCCACGGCGCACGCCAGCGCGCAGAGCUCGGGGGGCGGGCCCCGGCGGGCCGAGGAGGAGGAGCUGCAGUGCUAGGGCAGCCCCCUGCAGCCGCCCCGAGCCCCGGCCCCGCCCAGCCGACCAAAAUCGCGCUGCGAAAAACCCAGGCCUUGACCUUGUUCUUCAAACGGCCUCUCCGCAGAGUUUAAUAAAAUGAUUUCCAUUUUGUAUUUGUGUUAAUGAUGGACCACGUGACCAUCACAUUCAGUAUUCGUAGACUGUCAUAAUUUAAAAUGUCCCCACUUGAGCAGGUACAAAAUUGAUCAUAACCCUUGUCUUUGUGUAAUUCAGCUUGUUGUAGCUAUUAAUGAUCCAAACUCGUAGCUAUUAAUGAUCGGCUUUGGUUUUCCCUUGGACCCCUUUAUGAUGUGCAUGUCUUUGAAGGCUGAGAGUGGUGAACACUCCCUUCCAGGUCGGUCAGGUGGGCGGGAUAGUUUUUUCUGACCUUCUCCAGCAACAGGAUGGGUUCACUGCAAAUUUCAUCAAACUGCUUGCGAUCGCCCUCACUUGCAUCAAUUAUAUAUGUUUGUUUAAGCAAUUAAAAUAAUUGGUUUUAA